UAAAGUUGGUUGCCAACUGACAUUAAAAAAGAAAAAAUCCACAGAAGAAGAAGAAGACCAAGAACAAGACAACAACUGCUGCUUUACUACAUUUCUAAAGUAUACCUAGUUGUUACAAACAUGGACAACUCUGGAAAAGAGAAGGAAGCCUCGGCUCUGAUCGCUGAGGCUGAAAAGAAACUGAAAUCAUCUCAGUCGUUUUUCGGGGCGUUGUUUGGAGGCUCAUCCAAGAUGGAGGAGGCCUGUGAUAUGUACGCCAGGGCUGCCAACAUGUACAAGAUGGCGAAGAACUGGUGUGCUGCAGGUAAUGCGUUCUCCCAGGCGGCCCGGCUCCACCUGCAGAUGCAGAGUAAACACGAUGCUGCUACUAACUUCAUAGACGCUGGAAACGCCUUCAAAAAAGCUGACCCACAAGAGGCAAUCAACUGUCUGAACCGAGCCAUCGAGAUCUACACAGACAUGGGACGGUUCACCAUCGCAGCCAAACAUCACAUCUCCAUCGCAGAGAUCUACGAGACAGAGCUGGUGGACAUUGAUACGGCUAUAGCUCACUAUGAACAGGCAGCAGACUACUACAAAGGAGAAGAGUCCACAAGCUCUGCUAACAAGUGCCUUCUGAAGGUGGCUGUCUAUGCAGCUCAACUGGAACAGUACCAGAAGGCCAUAGAGAUCUAUGAACAGGUUGGGACCAAUGCGAUGGACAGCACGUUGCUGAAGUACAGCGCUAAGGACUAUUUCUUCAAGGCAGCUCUCUGCCACUUCUGUGUGGACAUGCUCAAUGCCAAACUGGCCUUGCAGAAGUACGAAGAAAUGUUCCCUGCCUUCUCAGAUUCUCGUGAAUGUAAACUGCUGAAGAAACUUCUAGAUGCGUGUGAAGAACAGAAUGUGGAUGUAUAUACUGAUGCCGUGAAGGAAUAUGACACUAUCUCUAGGUUGGACCAGUGGCUGACCACUAUGCUCCUCCGCAUCAAGAAGACCAUAGAGGAAGACGAGAGUGACCUGCGUUAAUGGCCUUAAUGUCACUAGACACCUAACCCCCCCCCACCCUAAACCCCUAUAUCCAUUUCUCAGACCAAAACCUCAUCCAUACCUAGGGCUGUUAAGACCGUAUUACCAUCUCCCCAGCAGUCACCAGUCAUGAUUGCAGUCAAAUUCCCCAUGAGUCAAGGUAAAACUAGGCUUCUCCAAAACUGAGCUGUGUGAUGCCGCUGAUGGUAAUUGGUACUCGGCGCUCUAUUGUCCCUGUAAUCACUUAAUGCAAAUACAGUGGAGAAUCAAAUCAAACACUUCCUGAUAGCCCUGGCAGUCAAGAGUUGAGUGGAAUAGGAUCACCUGUUGGGCAGCGAGAGCCAGCUCCUCAUAGCUGGUUGAUGCAUGGAGUUAAAUAUGUGCUCUGUUUUAGACAACAUUUCUACAGCCUAUGUUAUGCAAAUUGCGUGAGAAAAAAAGUUUUGAUGGCCUCUGUUAAAAAGAGGAGGAUCCUAUCAGCUUUCUAUAGGCUAGGCCGACUCUAUUUAUUUCUCAACUUUCUUAAUAUUAUUAAGCACGUUACAACCAGAGUCGUCUACCUGGCUGGCAUGAAAUUGAACCAUGGGAAAAGCGUCCUCCAUUCAAGUGCAUACAGAUGACUUUUUAUUUUUUUAAAUUGCCCGUUCAGACCGGUUAAUGGGCCCUUCUAAAUCAGAACUCGUUUCACACACAUUAUUUAGUAUUUGUAAAGAUGACAUUAAAUGGAAAAUAGUCUGAUCGGGUGAAAAUAUUAAUCACCUGGGAAUGAUGCCCAAAUUAUGAUGUAAAAAAAUUAUUCAUUCAUGAAUUUAUGGUGAUAGAGUCGGCUAUAUUGAAUGAAUUAGAAAUUCUUUUUUUUCUUACAAAAAAAAAAUGUAGACGUUCCAGUAGAAGCACGACAACGAUGGUCCACGUCAGUGGUCGGCCCGGAGAGAUGCUUAACGUGUUUAUCUUCAUUAACGGUCCAUUUAGUGUGAGAGCCUCAGUUAUUAGCAUGACACUUACCAGUUGACAAAAUGUAAUGACCGUCACAGCCCUACCCUAGGGUUUCCUAAACUCGGUCCUCCGGACCACAAGGGGGGGCAUGUUUUGCUUUUUGCACUACACAGCGGAUUUUUAAAAUAACCAACUAAGCAUCCAGCUUUAAUCAUUUUGAAUGUGUUGUGUAGUGCCAGGGGGUCCCGAGGACCGAGUUAGGGUAACGCUGCCACCCCCCCACCCCCCCGUUGCCUCAGGCCCUACACCCUGGCUUCUACUCUUGUGCCUUUUUUUUACAGCAGUGUAGCUCAUCUUGCCUUUGCAGCGUAUCUCAUCUUGCCUUUGCAGUGUAGCUCAUCUUGCCUUUGCAGCGUAUCUCAUCUUGCCUUUGCAGUGUAGCUCAUCUUGCCUUUGCAGCGUAUCUCAUCUUGCCUUUGCAGCGUAGCUCAUCUUGCCUUUGCAGCGUAUCUCAUCUUGCCUUUGCAGUGUAGCUCAUCUUGCCUUUGCAGCGUAUCUCAUCUUGCCUUUGCAGCGUAGCUCAUCUUGCCUUUGCAGCGUAUCUCAUCUUGCCUUUGCAGUGUAUCUCAUCUUGCCUUUGCAGCGUAUCUCAUCUUGCCUUUGCAGCGUAGCUCAUCUUGCCUUUGCAGCGUAUCUCAUCUUGCCUUUGCAGCGUAUCUCAUCUUGCCUUUGCAGCGUAUCUCAUCUUGCCUUUGCAGUGUAGCUCCUCUCAUCACCCCGGUGUUGAUCAGGUCAUCAACGCUAGUCCUAGUGCAUCUCCUGUUCUGCUGAACAUGGUGCAAAACUGUACCACCGGCUGUGGCCAUCAAACGCUAAUCAGAACACUAAUAUGUGGACUGUACCAUAGUGGGAGAGUUACUGCAGAGUGCCUUUUAGAAUGAAACCAGACAAUCAUGAUGUGCUGUGGACUGCACACGACAAAGGGCAGAGCUAAUCGGAAGGGGAAUGUCCCUGAUUAAAACCUGUACUCUCUCUGCUUUGGGACACCUCAGGAAUGCUGGACUGCUGAACCCGAUUUGAGGAAAUGCAUGUAUUCACACAGUGGCCUUGAAAGACCUUUAAUAUUGAUAAUAAAAUGUAAUUUACAAAGUAUUUUUAAACAAGGUUACAGAUAUAAAUGAAUAAAUUACCCAUACAGAUAAUAACCUAGUUAUGGUUUUAAAAUUCAUUUUUUU